GCUGGUGGAGAGUGAGGCGAAUGUUCGGUUUUGAAACCAAAGGACCGUAAGUCCCUCUCCCUCCAAACGAGACCGUCCCGCGGGCUCUGCGGCCGCCUCUGGACCGUCCGGAGAGAACAUGGCGGCGUCCGGACCCCGGAGCUGCAGCCUCUCGGGCCUGCUCCCGGCUCAGACCUCGCUGGAGUACGCUCUGCUCGACGCCGUCACCCAGGAGGAGAAGGACAGCCUGGUCUACCAGUAUCUGCAGAAGGUGGACGGCUGGGAGCAGGACUUGUCAGUGCCUGAGUUUCCGGAAGGAUUAGAAUGGCUGAACACAGAAGAAUCUAUUUCUGUCUACAAGGAUCUAUGUGGAAAAGUGGUCGUCCUUGAUUUCUUCACCUACUGCUGCAUAAACUGUAUUCACCUAUUGCCUGAUCUUCAUGCAUUAGAACACUCAUACUCUGAUAAAGAUGGUCUUCUGAUUGUUGGUGUUCACUCGGCUAAGUUUCCAAAUGAAAAAGUCCUGGAUAAUGUUAAGAGUGCUAUUCUUCGAUACAACAUCACCCACCCUGUGGUUAACGAUGCAGAUGCCAGCCUAUGGCAAGAACUAGAAGUUUCCUGCUGGCCAACUCUGAUCAUCCUUGGACCCCGUGGAAACAUGUUGUUUUCUUUGAUUGGAGAAGGACAUAGAGAGAAAUUAUUUUUAUAUACUUCAAUAGCUUUAAAAUAUUACAAAGAUAGGGGACAGAUCAGAGAUAAUAAAAUUGGAAUAAAACUCUAUAAAGAUUCUUUGCCAUCUUCACCAUUGCUGUUUCCUGGCAAAGUAACAGUAGACCAAGUUUCUAAUAGAUUGGUAAUAGCAGACACUGGACAUCAUAGAAUUUUGGUCGUCUGGAGGAAUGGACAAAUUCAGUACAGCAUUGGAGGACCCAACCCUGGAAGAAAAGAUGGAAUGUUUUCAGAGUCAACUUUUAACUCACCACAAGGUGUAGCCAUAAUGGAUAAUAUCAUAUAUGUGGCAGAUACAGAAAACCACCUUAUAAGAAAGAUUGACCUAGAAGCUGAGAUGGUGAGCACUGUAGCUGGCAUUGGAAUUCAAGGUACAGAUAAAGAAGGUGGAGCUAAAGGAGAAGAACAACCCAUUAGUUCUCCCUGGGAUGUAGUGUUUGGAAGGUCAGGUUCAGAGGUCCAAAGAGACGACAUUCUGUGGAUAGCCAUGGCAGGGACUCAUCAGAUAUGGGCAUUCCUGUUGGACUGUGGCAGAUUACCAAAGAAAAAUGAGUUAAAAAAAGGAACCUGCCUUCGGUUUGCUGGAAGUGGAAAUGAAGAGAAUCGAAAUAACUCAUAUCCUCACAAAGCAGGUUUUGCCCAACCUUCAGGUCUUUCUCUGGCCUCAGAGGAUCCCUGGAGCUGCCUGUUUGUAGCAGAUAGUGAGAGCAGUACAGUGAGAACCGUCUCGCUGAAAGAUGGAGCAGUGAAGCACCUUGUGGGAGGAGAGAGAGAUCCCAUGAAUUUAUUUGCUUUUGGUGAUGUUGAUGGAGUAGGAAUCAAUGCAAAGCUUCAACACCCACUUGGAGUAACUUGGGACAAGAAAAGGAAUUUACUUUACGUGGCAGACUCUUACAAUCACAAGAUUAAAGUUGUGGAUCCAAAAACAAAAAACUGUACAACAUUGGCGGGAACUGGAGAUGCAAGUAAUGUUAUCGGUUCCAAUUUUACCAACUCAACUUUUAAUGAACCAGGAGGCUUGUGUAUUGGAGAGAAUGGUCAGUUAUUAUAUGUGGCAGACACCAAUAACCAUCAAAUUAAAGUGAUGGAUUUAGAAACAAAAACAGUUUCUGUGCUCCCAGUCCUCAGAUCUGAAAGUGCUAUGGUGGACGGCCCAUUCCUAGCAGAAAAACAGAAGACCUUACCCAGACUACCUAAAUCUGCUCCAGGCAUUAGACUUUCCCCAGUGGCUGCAUCUCCAGGGCAAACUCUUCAGUUCAAGCUAAGAUUAGACCUCCCAUCAGGAACAAAGCUAACUGAAGGAGCACCCAGUUGCUGGUUUUUAUCAGCUGAAGGCAAUGAAUGGCUUCUUCAAGGACAGAUACCAUCUGGAGAGAUAGAGAGCAUUUCCAGUCAACCAACAAUCUCACUGCAGAUUCCUGGGGAUUGUUUAUCACUUGAAGCCGUUCUGUCUAUCAGCGUAUUUCUUUAUUACUGUAGCGCAGACAGCAGUGCCUGUAUGAUGAAGGGAAUUUUGUUCCGUCAGCCUUUACAAAUAACCGAUACACAACAAGACUCCAUACCUCCAGUAGAGCUCCAGUGUAUAUUUUAGCAAAGCUGGCCAGCAUCCCAGUGCCUCCUGGUCUCCUUCCCCACCAUCACUGUGUGAUUUAUGAAGAGAAACUUUAUUUCUGCCUCUGGCUACCCAGAAACCCAUUGUUGAGUUCUCCUUAU